GGCUGUUUGCUGCUGUGUGUGUGUUCCCUCAGCGUUGUCACAGUCCAGGUGUGUGUCUCGGUCUCACCUGUGGCUCUGACUCAUCGUCUCUCUGCGGAGAUGUUGGACGAGGCGGUCGGCCUCGCUGCUGUGACUGUGCUCGCCGUCUUAGAGCAAGCUUACUUCUCUCUCCAGGUGAUCUACAGCCGGAGGAAGUACUCGGUGUCUCCGCCCGCCACGACCGGACCGCCGGAGUUUGAGCGAGUCUUCAGAGCUCAAGCAAACUGUUCAGAGUAUUUCCCGAUCUUCAUCACUGUCCUGUGGACGGCCGGAGUCUUCUUCAGCCCAGGUCUGUCCUCAGUCUGUGGUUUGCUGUACUUAUACGGACGCCUCCGUUACUUCCAUGGAUAUUCAGAGUCUGCACAGGGACGGCUCGCCCCUCUGUAUUUCAGCGCUCAGAUCCUUUGGGUUCUGAUCGGGUUCUCGUCUCUCGGUGUCCUCCUCUCGUUCUGCCGGGUCUACCUGAACGUGGACCUUCUGCAGGAGAUCGGCUCCGUCCUCGACCUGGUCUGAACAAGUGGAGGAGGAAUGGAAGAAGCACAGGUCAGAGGUCAGGAGGAGGAGACGGGACCGCGCGCGUUAUUCUGUUCCAUCAGCGUGAAACUGAUGAUGCGUCAGUCUGAAAAUAAAGUCACUCAUU